AUAAAUCACUGCGGUCUUCUUUUCCAGCAAUGACAAAAGAGAUCAUAGAGCAACAGAGGCUCUUCCCUGAUGAACCAGAGGAUGCUGAUAGCUACUCAGAAUCUGUGAAGUUUGAUGCUCGCUCAAUGACAACAUUGCUUCCUCCCAAUCCUAAAAAUGGCUCUUCCCCUCAGGAGAAGCUGAAGUCCUUCAAAACUGCCCUAGUUGCUCUCUACCUUCUUGUGUUCGCAGUUCUCAUCCCACUCAUUGGGAUAGUAGCAGCUCAGCUUAUCAAUAGGGGAAUGAAGAAUUGCUUUGUUGGUUCAAUUAACACAAGUGAUACUUCUCAAAGUCUGAUUGGAGAAGAAGACACCAGGAAAGCUGAAAUGAGAUUUCCAGCCAUCAUGGAACACAUGAAGGACUUGGAGGAGAGAAUCCAAAGCAUUUCAGACUUAAAAGACAACCUCAUGGACACAGAACGCUUCCAGAAUUUUAGUAUGGCAACCGACCAAAGACUUAAUGAUGUUCUGCUACAGUUAAGUUCCUUGAUCUCAUCAGUCCAGGAACAUGGGAACUCACUAGAUGAAAUUUCCAAAUCUUUGCUGAGUCUCAAUACCACACUGCUUGAUGUCCAGCUCCAUACAGAAACACUGAACCGCAAAGUCAAUGAGUCUAUCGUGAAGCAACAGGAGGACAUCAAUAAGUUAGAGGAACGUGUGCGCAAAGCAUCAGCAGAAAUCCAGUCUGUGAAAGAAGAACAAGAACAUGUGGAACAGGAAGUAAAACAGGAAAUGAAAGUUUUGAAUAACAUCACUAAUGACCUCAGACUGAAGGACUGGGAACACUCACAGACAUUGAAAAAUAUCACCUUAAUUCAAGGACCUCCUGGACCCCGAGGAGAAAAGGGAGACCGAGGGCUCACUGGAGUAAGUGGUCCACCUGGCAUUCCGGGUUUAAAUGGUGCUCCAGGCCUUAAAGGUGAUCGGGGUCCAGCUGGCUUCCCUGGAAAUAGAGGAUACCCAGGGUCACCUGGAAAAGCGGGGAGGUCAGGAUAUCCUGGACCUAAAGGCCAAAAGGGAGAAAAGGGGAGUGGAGGCAUAUCAAGACCCUUUUAAGAUCAGGUGGGCUGAGCAGAAUGCUCCACUAUCAUCUCCUUAAAAGGCCUUUCACCUCUGGACAAGCCAUCAGAACAACUGACUUCCGGGAUCUUUCUGCAGCUCCUUCAAAUGACUUUGGCUCCUGUGUCAUGUCAUUGCCUGGUCUCUUCACAACCUCUUCUCCUGACUCUGGGUGCUGCGCAGGCUCCCAAUUCCAUAUGUAUACCAUCAUGCCCUCUGCUGUAAUAACCACCAUCCCUUGACACCCUUCACUUAGAUGCACUCAUAUGCUGUCUACUGGGAUGUUCCUGCCUCCUUCAGCCCUCCCGCUGCUCACUCACCUAAUCUUGUGGAAUCCAAUUUAACCCAUUGGGCUCUAGGAGAAACUUCAUGGAUAUUGAUUAAAUAUGGGUUCUUUAAUAUCAAGACAUUGUUCCCAAAUAGCAAUAGGAAUAGAAUAAAAAAAAUCUGUCCAUCCAUUCUUUCACUCAUUCAUUUAGCAUAUGUUCAAUGUGUGUGUUGUGAAGUCAGAAAUAACAAUAAAUAUGUUUUUCUAAAUGUAUAGAUAUAAAUAUACCAGUUAUAAACAAACCACAGAAGACUAACCUAGGAAACUAAUAGGGCGAAAUAGACAUUGAAAGGAGAUAGAUACUCGUGUCUUUUAUAUUAGAAAUAACCUUAUUUUUAUUGCUUAUUUCACAAUGCUACCUUCUUAUUAUGGAGUAGAGAGAGAUAAAGCAUAAUUUGAUAAUUUCUUCAAUAUGUUUGAAUGAGAACCAAACCUAACUUCAUGAAUUGCCUAUUCAUUUCAACAAAAAUAUUUGAUCAUAAAAAGAAAAUCAAAGAUUUUAUUCUAGAAAGCUCUUUAUAUUUACUUGAAUUUUAUGUUUGAAGUGUAUAUACUAGAAAAUAAAUAUUACAAUAGACAUGAGAUAUUUUAUAGAAAAAAUGCAAAACAGGAGAAGAAAAGAAAAGAAAAUGCAAAAAUAAUAAAGACAUAAGAUCCCAUGAAGCUUUCAUGUUGAUUCCUCUUUGUGGGCCAACAAAGAAUAUUUCCCAGGGUUUUCUAUUUUCUUCUUCAUGUUUUAACACUAAACCCUAAGGUCCACAGCAUUAAGAUAGAAGCACAUUUCUAUUUGUAUACCUAUAUGUAUCUCAGUUUUUCCAUUUUUUGCUCUGCCAAAUGAUGUCCCUUCCUACCUCACAGGGUUGUUGUGGGGACCAAAUUACAUGUGUGAAGAUGUUCUGUAAAAUCAUAAUGACCUUUAAAGUCGAAGGAAUGGUUCGUAGCAAUCCUUCUGAACAUAACAGCUAUUCUUUGCCAUUUUUAUGCAGACAUAUUAAAUCUCUAAUCAUAUUAGGACAUAAAAAAAUCGAAAUGCCAGGAGCCAUAUAUAUGUUUUGGGCAAAAAGAGAGAUGUUAGAGAAUAAGACAAUAUUUUUAUGUUAGAUGGAUGAUCAGUGCAAGUGUGCCCAGAUCAUAAAUCAGUGAAUUUGUCUUAGCACAGCAGAAGAGUAUUAGUUGCAAGUAAGAGAAGCAGCUAAACCAGAGGCCGUAUCUGUUGACAGAGGUCAUAACAAAAUGUCAAACUAAUAAAGCAAGAGUCUGGGCUUCAUAGAAUGAAACCUGAGCCCAGGACAUUCGUUGAAAAAGUUCUGAAAAUGGUAGAAAAAAUUGAUAUUGUCACUGGUAGUAGGUUCUGUCAGUAGGUCUGUGUCUGCAUGCUACCAAGAUAUGAUCAAAUCUGGUCAUAAAGGAAAAGAAAAAGGAAUUAGCCAGUGAUUGUCGUAGUCUACAGUACUAACUGACUAGUAAUUCUAUGCAAACAUCUAGGGAAAUAAUUGGAUUUGGGCAUGUGACUUAAUUGGCUGGGCUGUUGAGUGUGUGUGUGUGUGUGUGUGUGUGUGUGUGUGUGCGACUAUUUUCUUGUGCCAGAAAGCAUUGCUGUGGCCAAUUUUGGCUUCAUACAGAAUAACCCUGGUCCCAGGUGUGCAGGCAAAUUGUAGGAAUUCGGUUUUCAAGGCAUCUAUCUUCCAAACUAAGCAUGGAUGCUGAAGUGUGUAAUAUUAACCUGAACUUCCCAAAUUAACGAAGACAGCUCUGUCUUUCUCUUUGGAUAAAAACAGAUUCCAAAUGCCCUGUUCAAAGGCAUCAAUUAUCCCAACUUUUAUCAUGUAUGAUGAAAAGUGACAAAUGACGUGUUUCGAUGCCUUGUUGACUAGAAAGAGUGUUUUUUGUCAAGCAAGGGAACCAUAUAAGCAAACACUGGGAAGCACCAUCUUAAACGGUUCUGAUGCUAAUCUGUGCUGUGUCAGCAAGCUCUGCACAUCAUCAAAAGGAGAGAUACAAUGUUAAUCUUUGGAAUCUUAUUCUGAAAUUCCUACAAUGUUGUGAAAAAAUGCAUUUGCUAUGAUUUGUACUGAUAACUCAACUCAAUCGUCAAUAAACUUC